CCAAACACCACACCAUCUCCCUCGCCAAUCAAACACAACAACCAUACCCAGCUUCCAAUCAACCCUCCUCGCAAAACACCAAUCACACCAGCAUCGAAUUUAGAGCACCUUUCAAGAACAACUCAUGGACCGCAGUAGAAGGUUGACGAAUUUGCUGAAUUCGUCAACCUCGACCACCAGCCAUAAUCAAUCUCGAAGUUUUCAUGUGGAUACGACGGUGAAAGAUCCAUGGAAACUUGAAAACCUCAAGGCGGAAUCCAUGGUUGCGCAUCCAUGGUCGGCGGAGACUACGAGGCUGAGAGGAUCGAGGAGAGAUCGAGGAAGGAGAAGAGAGAAUGAAGGUGGCUAGGGUUUUGUAGGGACGGCGACGAGGAGGUACCGGUGAGGUGCCUGAGUUUUGGAGGAGAGAGGGGGCUGAGAUCCAGAGAUUUUUAGAGGAGAGAGAAAUAGGUUAAGAAGAGAGAAGGGGAAAGUGAGAACCCGGUAAACAAAAAAAUCGUUUUAUACCGCGCGUGAGCCCACGCGCGCGUGGUUGUCUCACCCGGUCUUUCCUACACGCGCCUGUAAGGCGGUCCUACCGAAAAGUAGCUGUACAACAAAGAGAAACGUUUAAAAUGGAAACGGAUACAACAAAAAGAAAUAGAGGGAGUAGUAUAUAAUGACACAAAUAAAGUAUUCCACCUCUCUCGAUUUCUCCGUGACACCAAAAAUAGAGGCGGCAAAAGGCGAAUAGAAAGAUCAAUUCAUCAACUGAAUUUUCAUUGUGUACCAUGGCUCAAACUGCAGAAGUUAAAACGGUGAAGACGGGUGCUUACAUUCGAUCUCCUUCAACAUUCCGCAAUUUUAUAUCAGGAGAUCAAGGAUCGGCCUUUAUGCCCGAGUCUGGAAGAUAUCACCUAUAUAUAUCCUAUGCUUGUCCGUGGGCGUGUAGAUGCCUUUCUAUCUUGAAGGUCAAAGGUCUUGAGAAAGCAAUCAGUUUCACGUCCGUGAAACCCAAAUGGGAAACAACCAAGGAAGGUGAUACACAUAUGGGGUGGGUUUUUCCUGUCACUGAUACGGAGGAACCUGGUGCUGACCCUGACCUUUUGCGUGGAGCUAAAAGUAUCAGAGAGCUUUACGAGUUUGCAAGUGCUAAUUACUCUGGAAAAUAUACAGUGCCUGUUCUUUGGGAUAAGAAACUUGAGACAAUUGUGAACAAUGAAAGCUCAGAGAUUGUUCGAAUGUUAAACUCUGAGUUCAAUGAUAUAGCAGAGAACAGAGAUUUAGACCUAUACCCUGUUCACUUGCAAACCCAAAUUGAUGAAAUCAACGAGUGGAUAUAUGAUAAGAUCAACAAUGGCGUGUACAGAUGUGGGUUCGCCACAAAGCAGGAACCAUAUGAUCAGGCUGCUGAUAGACUGUAUGAAGCACUGGAAAAAUGCGAAGAGAUACUCUCCAAACAGCGAUAUUUAUGUGGCAGCUCACUGACUGAAGCAGAUAUACGGUUAUUUGUAACCCUGAUACGAUUUGAUGAGGUGUAUGCCGUUUACUUCAAAUGCAACAAAAAACUGGUGCGCGAGUACCCAAACCUGUUCAAUUAUACAAAAGAGAUAUUUCAAAUUCCUGGUAUGAGCAGCACAGUGAACAUGGAUCACAUCAAGAAGCACUAUUAUGGAAGUCACCCAUCCAUUAAUCCUUAUGGCAUCAUUCCUCGUGGCCCAAAUAUUGAUUACUCUUGUCCACACGACAGAGAAAGGUUUUCUUCUUAGAUAUGUUAACAAAACUGUUGUUAUAUUAAAGAAGAGCUUUAAAGGCCAUGUUAUAUUACAACCUUAAACCUUUGAUUGGAAGUGGCAAGAAUAUGCAGGUGAAGUAUUUUAGAUUGUGUUGUAAGUUGUAAGCACGAUUUAGGUUUGUUGUGUCAAAGGAUGAUCGAACUUUGGCAGCACCAAUGAUGUUUAUUUUCCGUACAACAGAA